GCAACACGCUGGGCUUCCUCAAGGCCGCGCCGAAUACCCAUCAGCAGCAGCAACAACAGCAGCAACAACAGCAACGGCAACAGUGAAAGAAGUAGAAAAUCCAAUAAGAAUAACUAGAGCUAUCGCUGGGCGCAUCGGGAAAUAUGUCAGGUCGCAGAAGUCAGACACAGAUGGCGCCGCCGCCGCCGCCGCCCAAGCCAACCAAAUCGCAGCCGAACGGCAAUGGAACGCUACCAAAUGGCAACAGUAACGGCAACGGCAACGGCAAUGGCAACAAUAACAAUGGCGACUACAACAACAGUUACAACAGCAAUAAAAUUGUCGCAGCGACAGGCGAUUGGAGCCAACAAAAUCAAAUCGGCGCUCAGAACAGCAACGCUGCCCGCCGGAGUCAGACGCCGCCGCGCAUUGAGCACGUCGUGAUGACGCCACGUGGCAAGACCGCCAACAGUACCGUUAUAUUGAUCGAACGCAAGCUGGUGGAUGAGAUCAAUGAUCGCGUCCAUGUCGCCGGCGGCGAUCACACAGGCAUCAUCAUCAACAAGGACACGGUGGCCGGCCAGAAGAGCGCCAGCAAGCCGGCCGCCCUCUCCCUGGAGUUUCGUGUCUUUCUGGUCAGCGCCAACACGGGCAAGCACUCGCAGGAGUCGCGCACGUUGCGCUUCUGGUUCCGGGACUGGCUGACCAACGACGAGAAGCAGGCGCACAUUGCCCAGGACUUCUUCAAGGAGCUAGUCAGUCCGCAGGACUUUCCCAGAGAUUAUGUUGGCUUUAUCAAGAAGAUCAUGAAGCUGUUGCAGCAUGGCUACACCGAGAUCCAGUCCAUUGAGAUCGAGCUGCGCAUUUUGGAGGAGACGUCGGCGCCGCCGUCACGUCCUCCGCGCGAUGGCUACAUCAUCUAUUGCUAUGGAGACUGCAAUCGCAAGUUCGAGGAGGCGUUGCUCGCCCAGAAGAAAACAGUUUCCCUGGAGGAAUCACAAUUUGAAUCUCCACCGUUGACGCAGGAGAAGGUGCUGGAGCUGAUUGAGCAGGCCUAUCCGAAUCCCGUAUCGCCCGAAGAUUUGGCCAAGGACUAUGGCUGGAGUGAGCAGGAUGUGCUGCUGGUCAUACAAUCGCUGCAGGAGCGCGGCCUCAUCAAGUCCAUGGAGUACAAUGCGUACACGCGCAUCCAUCACGAGGACAAGGAGAUCAAGGUGGUCAAACAGAUGCCGACGAUAGCCUCCAACAAGCAGCCAACGAUUGCCAUCAUAACGGCCCAAUACUGUGAGAAGCUCGCCGUGGACGCCAUGUUGGAGAACAAGGAGACGUUUGUUCGCUACACCACAGUCGAUUCCGAUCCCACUCUAACGAACUCACUCAGAAAAUCCAAUAAGAAACGCAGAUUUGGCGAAUCGAAUGUGUAUACCUUGGGCAACAUUGGAGCACAUCGGAUAGUUAGCACCAAGCUGCCGUCGGCGGGCAGCACACGGGAGGCGAUGACGGCGACAGGCAAUACGACAACCAGACUGCUGGGCACAUUCCAAAAGGUUGACUAUGUCUUCAUUGUGGGCGUGGCUGGCGGAGUGCCCCACUAUACGGACUACAAGAAGCACGUGCGACUGGGCGACGUCGUCAUCUCGUAUGUGGACAAGCAGCGUGCGCUACUCAACAGCAAGGAGAAACCAUAUGUGUAUGUCUACAAGACCGGCGACGAUGCGAAGACAUAUUUCCCAGUCAACGAUUCGCUGCAACAGAUCGCCGAGAGUCUGCAGGCCAACAUGGAGCUGAAGCGUCCGUGGGAGAGAUAUUUGCUCGAUGCCCAGCAAUCGCUCGCCCAGAAGACGGAAAGCGACUUUGGCCGGCCGGACGGCAAGACGGAUAAACUGUUUAUGAACAUUGGCAACAACGAGGUUAUCGAGGUGGCCCAUCCGAUUGCCGCCGAUGAGAUCAAUGGCGUGAUACGGCCGCGCCUGCAUCUGGGUCCGAUCGGCUCUGGCCGGGAUCUGGUGCGAAAUGAUGAUUUGCGCACAAAGUUUGCACGUAAAUUUGGCCUGCUGGCCACCGAUGUCGAGAUGAGCAGCGUGCUGGACAGCAUCAUUGGCAAUUGCCGAGAGAGCUUCAUACUGAUUAAGGGCAUAUCCGACUACAAGGACGGCAUGUCCACGCGCAAAUGGCAGAACUAUGCCGCACUCUCAGCCGCCGCAGUGGUUAAGUCCGUCAUCUGUGGCAUGGAUGCGCCCACAAAUGUCUAAGCGUGUCUUUCCAUCGAUAACUCAGCGGAUUCUUCAGCUAAUGAUUUUACCAUUUCAUAUACAUAUACAUAAGCAUAUAUGUAUGUAUGUAUAUAUACAUAUAUGUACGGUUUUUUUUUUAUUAUCUUGUAAUUUUGCUUAGAUCCUGCAAUGUAUUUAUCGAAACGUUCUUAUUUUGUUCCCUGUGCGUUAUUAACCAAAAGCGGAUCCCGGAUUUAUAUCUGGCGGCUCCUAAAAGUAUACCAAAAUGUAUGCGUUUAUCUAAUACCCUAUAAACAUGCAUAUGUACAAGUAA